AUGAAAGAGUCCUUACUAGUCCAUUGUGGAAAUUAUUUUAGCCACAAAUCUGGUCCCCUUGGACAGCAGAGAGUUAACUGUGGAAGAACACUCUGUGACUGCAGUGAAUGUGGCAGAUCCUUUAGCCUAAGGAAGUACCUCAGAGCACAUAGGAAAAUCCACAGUGGAGAAAAGCCUUAUGAAUGCAAGGAAUGUGCUAAAUCUUUCAUCCAAAAGUGGAACUUAAUUGAACAUCAGAAAAUUCACACUGGAGAAAAACCUUAUCGAUGCACCCAAUGUGGAAAAUAUUUUGCCCGCAAAUCCAAUUUCCUUGCACAUCAGAGAGUUCACACUGGAGAAAAGCCUUAUGAGUGCAGUGAAUGUGGGAAAUCUUUUGUUGCUAAGGGUGGCCUCCACUAUAAUGAGAGAGUUCACAAUGGAGAAAGGCCUUAUGAGUGCAGUGAAUGUGGGAAAUCUUUUACUGCUUGGUCAGGCCUUCAUGAUCAUCAGAAAGUUCACACUGGAGAAAGGCCUUAUAAGUGCAAUGAAAGUGAGAAAUGUUUUACUGGUAGUUCUAGCCUUCUUCGUCAUCAGAGAGUUCACAGUGGAGAAAGGCCUUAUGAGUGCAGUGAAUGUGGGCAGUCUUUUACUAGUCGAUCCUCUCUCUAUGAUCAUCACAGAGUUCACACUGGAGAAAGGCCUUAUGGGUGUACUGAAUGUGGGAAAGUCUUUAAGCAAAGACAGCUCCUCCGCAUCCAUAGGAAAAUCCACACUGGAGAAAAGCCUUUUCAGUGCAAGAAAUGUGGUAAAUCUUUCACCCAAAGGUGCCACUUGCUUAAACAUCACAGAGUUCACACUGAAGAAAGGGCCUUAUGAAUAUUGCGAACGUGGCCGGCAGUGAUAUUGAAGGAGUUUCGGGUGGUAAGAGAGUGAGAAGAACCCGUGCAGCUAAUGGACCCUUUCUAGAGAGGAAACUGAGACAUAGAGAUGAUGUGUCAUCUGUUUGUGAUCUCCCAGAAAUGGGCAGUGAUCUGGGCUUCAAUGCCAGGUUGCCUGGUUCAGGAUAUUGGGAGUCUGGUCACUUCACUCAUCCUCUGGCCCCACCUCCAGGUUUGGGGACUGAAAGAACACCUUGUCAAUCCUGACACUUCUGUGCCCCGACACCCACACAAGGAGCCCUGCUCACACCCCAGCCCCAUGCUGAUGGACAGGAUUAUCUUUUCUCUGGGAACAAAUAUUGAUGACUUUCCUGUGACUGACUCCAUUUAUGUAUCCAACAAAUCCAGUGCUGUGAUUCAGUUAUUAUUAUUGGCAUUUGUGAAAGAAGGGGUGUCCAGCUCAGAGAUGUUGAAGGACUUCCACAAGGGCUCACUAAUGCCAGAACUUUGAUAAGAGUGGUUCCUCUACACCCUGCACCCGUCCACUGUCUCCUCUCCUGCCCCUCCGAGCAGGGCCUCCACUUGCUGUGUCCUGACCAUGAACUACCCACAUCUGACAUCUGCAUCACUACCAGGGUCUCCAGCUUCAUUUUCACCAGUACACAUCUCCCGGAAACACCGUCCUGCUUGGGAAGUUCUCCACAGGGACAGCAGCACUAAGCCAGGCACUCUGGACUGGUCAUUGGUGUCACCCCAGAUUUGACAUGGACUCUACCGCCAUAUGCAGUGAUUCGUUUCUAAGGUCCUGUCCAUCUUUACAUACCCACCUCAAGAUGUCCCUGUUGCCCUGUUAUGUGGUUGACCCGCUCACUGUUAUGGGCAGUGUGAGGGACAUGGAAGGACUAAGAAUGUCCAGUGUGGCCCUACGUGACCUGGUCUCCAAGCAUCCUCUUCCUAAGCCCUUGAUCCAUUGCCUCACUGUUCCUCCCAUCCCUCCAGAAAAAGUGUUAACUCACCAAAAUGAUGAUUGUUAAUUAGCAAGAACUUGCCCUCCCUGCCUUGGGACCCACACUUGAUCAACCUACCUUAAAAGCUACGACUGAACGUAGGCUGACCCCUCCUAUGAAGACUUAAAAACUCAUGUACAGGGCUUCCCUGGCUGCACAGUGGUUGA